AAAUAAAUUAAAGCAAAGUUGAUUCGAACCAGCUGUGAUCAUUUCCAACGCGCUUGAAUGUUAUAUUGAAUGUUUCUGAAAUUGUAUCAAAACCACUCCUCCGAGAGGCGAUUUCUACCACCGGUUUUUAUUCCGGGUUAAUUGCAGUUGACUUUAAGCUUCAUUUUGGAGUAAAAUUGGAUAGCUAACUCGUAUUCUGAGCUGAUAAUUUGGGUAUGGCGGCUUAUGGUGCGGCGGCUUCUCUCAAGAAUACGAUUCAGCGUAUUCUACAAUCGUCUCGCAUUUCUCUCGUUUCCCACUCUCCACAAAUCUUACAGCCUGUCUACGACGAGAUGAAUCGCUUGCAGAAAGUUCUACUCAAAUUGGAUGACACCAGCUGCAGCAACAUCAGGACGGAGGUGAAUGCUUUGGAUGAACGAAUCAAAGAGGCAGUUUGGGAAUUCGAAGAUUUACUUGAAUCCCAUAUCUUGCCUCAGAUUCUUCCUCAACUCGAAAGCGAGAGAGACAACUUGUCAUUCUCUGUAGAUCUGCAGGGUCUGCAACACCAUGUUGAUUGUUUGGUCGAGAUGGUGAAGAUGAUGGAGGAAGAGUACAUCAUUGAAAUGGAGAAUAUGGCUGAAGAAGAAGGCGAGCCUAUUUCCUCAAGAAUUGAUUUUGGUGGAAUCAACUCAAAGAUGGUUGGAUUAUCUGAAGAAUUUCAAAAAGCCAGAGAUAAUCUUCUUGAAGAUAAAGACUAUUCGAUUAUUGGGAUGGCAGGCGUUGGAAAGUCAACUCUUGCUAAACAUAUUUUUGAAGAUCCAUCAAUUCGGAGCCAUUUCGACUUUCGAGCAUGGGUCAAAGUGGGCAGGAAAUGCGAGCCCAAUGAACUAUUACGCUGCAUUCUAGCUCAAGUGGAUCCCAACGCUUACCGAAGAAUGCUUGCCCAAGGAGAUGACCAUGAUGUGGAAUUAGUUGGACUAUUGAAAGAAAAAUUGCAUGAUAAGAAAUGUCUCAUCGUGUUGGAUGAUGUUUGGGAGGUACAAGCAAUAAAUCGCAUGACAAAUUGCUUGGAAGAAGAGAAUACUCUUGGAGGGAUUCAGUUCUUACUUACAAGUAGACAAAAUAUGACGUUUCAGCAUAGGGGCAUAAGAAUGAGCUUGUUGAAUGAAGAAGAAAGUAAGAAAUUACUUGGUGAGAAGGUGUUUGGUGAGAAGGUGUUUAGUGAAGACGGUUUCCCUCUCCAACUUGAGGAACUGGGAGAGAAGAUUGCCAAGAAAUGUGAAGGUCUUCCUCUUAUGAUAGUCACAGUAGCAGAGCUCCUAUCAAAAGCCGACAAGACCCCAGAAUACUGGACUGAGGUAGCCUACAAACAACACAACUCACUUUUCGAGGACGCAUAUAAUCAAGUUUCAGAGGUAUUUUUCCCAAGCUAUGACUAUUUAGCCCAACAUUUAAAAAUGCUUUUCCUCUAUAUGGGAUCUUUCCCUCCAUAUAUUGAUCAGAGUCCACUCGCGAUCAAUAAUCUGUCAAGAGUUGAGGGCUUUCUUGAACUGAAUUUUGAAAAUAGUUUUGAACAUUUCUUGGAAAGGCUUUCUAAGCGGUAUCAUCUUGUUCUCGACACAGAAAAUUUGUGGUAUUUGAAUAGACGGUGUUGCGUGCAUUCUUGUUGGCAGCACUUGUGUAAGGUAGAAGCUAGUAGGAUCAAGUUUCUACAUGUCUUACGGGGUUGUGAUGAUGUUAUAAAAGACAAGCGUCGAUUGUGUGCGCAUUACAACAAUUUAUUUUGCUUCAAACAAGUGUAUGAUUCGAUAAAAAGUGAUUGUGCAUCCACUGCCCAUUCUCUCCUUUGUCAUGAUCCUUAUUUGCCAUAUCCAAUCCCAAUACAAGCCAUGGGUUUCAAGUUGCUCAGGGUACUAUCUGCUCUUCCAGUUCGAUUUUACCAUAUCCCAAUCGAAAUUUUGAAACUUGUUUAUUUGCGAUACCUUGCCCUAUCUUGCAACGGGGAGCUCCCUCCUUCCAUAUCCAACCUUUUUCACCUUCAAUUCUUGAUUAUCAAUCCGCAUAUGAAGAUUAAAAAGCGUGGAGUUCAGUCUUAUAUGCCUGUGCAAAUUUGGGACAUGCAAGAACUAGAGCAUCUUGAGAUUUGGGGAAAGGAUCUACCAACCCCUAACAAUACUGAUGAUGCUACCUUGAACAAACUCAUCACACUUCAUGGUGUGAGCGCAAAUAGUUGUACAAGAGAAGUUCUCAAAAGAAUUCCUAAUUUAACGCAUUUAGGAAUUAAUGUGGAGUUGAAGCCUUAUGAUGAUGAAGAUGAAACCAACCCAUUGAGUUGCUUGGGUUAUAUCUCCCAACUCCAAAAUCUGGAGGAACUUGAAUAUUGGGUUAUUUAUACCGAGACAAAGUAUGAGUGUAAUACGAUUCCUCUUUCAAUGUUUCCAUCAAGUCUCAAGGUGUUAUGGUUGUCCGGGUUAGGGGGGUACCCUUGGAAUUACAUGAAUGACAUUGGUUCACUGCUGCCGAAUCUCGAGAUUCUCACAUUAACAGACUAUGCAUUUCGAGGCCCAGAGUGGGACAUAACACCAGGGAGUUUUUUGAAACUUAUUGAACUUCGAAUUGAAGACAUCGAUUUGGUGCGAUGGAGACCUCAACGUGGAAGCUUCCCGAUGCUUCGUAGACUAGGCAUGAGUCAUUGCUACAAAUUACAACAGCUCGAUUGGCCGUAUGACCACUCUUGGAUAGAAAUCAUUGAUUUACGCGAGUGCAAUCCUUUAGCUGUCGCUUGUGCCAAUGAAUUAAAAGACAAGUUUUCCAUUGUCCUUUUCGUCGAAUCUUCUUUUUGAGGUCAAGUGACUCUGCAACUUGCCUAACAGGCAAAUGAAAGAGCCGAUGGAAGGAUUUUGUUGAUGAUUAUGAAAACCUGAGUGAUGAAUUGUGUUUGUAACCAAAAUAGUAUGAAAGUUGGAUUAGUGUGAAAAUAUUAGUCACUUGUUGAAGGAUUAGUGUAAAAACAUGUUUUGCAACUAAGUGAAGGGUACGUCGUCGUUUUGCAGUUGAGGCUAGCUUAUGUUGCUUCUGAAUCGAGAGUUGCUUCACCUGCCGCAGGUGAGUCUCUAGCUGCUCUCUGCGUUGGAUUUUUUAAAUUUAAGAAUUACUGCUUCAUGGGCACCUCA